AUGGGGACGCGGCACCGGAAGUUCGAGCAACAGCAAGAUUCUGAUGCUCCAGGGCGGGAGGUCGCCGGAUCGGGACGCGGGGGCCGCGAAGUUCGAGCGACGGGCGGGAGGUCGCCGGUGGCGGCGCGCCAUCGUCGCUGCCCGCCGGGCGCCGCCGCCCUCGCGCGUCGCCGCUGCUCGCCGGACCGCACCUCCCCUCAGCUCGUCGGCCGCGCCGCCCCCUGCGCGCCAAUCCGCCCUCGGCCGCGCGAAUCCGGAUGCCGCUCGUCGGGCCGCGACGCCCCUCGGCCGGCUGCGCUGGCGCUCGGCACGCGGUGCCGCCCCUCGACCGGCUGCGCUGGCGCUCGGCAGGCGGUGCCGCCCUUCCGCAGGCCGCACCGCCGCUCCGCGUGCUCGGCCGCGCCGGCCCUCCGCAGGCCGCGCCGCCGCUCCGUGUACCCCGCCACGCCGCCACUCGUCGGGGCAGACCGCGUCGGGCCCCGGCCGGCCGCGCCGCCGCUCGUCUGGUCCGGACGCGCUGUCCCCCGGCAGGCCGCGCCGCCUGUCCGCCUGCUGCCAGGACUCCGGCAGGCCGCGCUGCUGCUCCGCGGGCCGGGCCGCACCAGCCCUCCGCAGGCCGCACCGCCGCUCGUCGGGAGGAUGCGCUGUCCCCCGGCAGGCCGCGCUGCUGCUCCGCGAGCCACAGGCCGCACCGGCCCUCGAGAAGCGACGGCGGCGGGCAGCGGCUCUUAG